GGGCGAGGGACAGGGAGGCGGGCCGAAGGGGCCGGAGGAGGGCUGAGCUUUCUCUGUGCGAGUCUCUCUAACCCUCCCAUCAGGCCUGAAACUCGUUCAGAGAAGCGGGUCUGCGUGAAAUGGAGCACCGCCUGCUGGCCGGCUUGGUCUACCUGUGUGGGCUACAAAGAAGAGGAAAGAAGUUGAUCACUAAGAUCUGCAGGUGAGGGCCUCCUGCAGAUACCAUCUUAUCAAGAAGUCCGUUCCGCACAACAUAGGAAAUGGACCUUUAGUGUAAUGGCACCAACCCUUUGGAAUAUUGGACAGGCACCAUCUCUGUUACCUUUUUGGUGCCUACUGAAGACCUUUCUCUUUCAACAAGCCUUCAUUCAUGUUAUUCAACAAAAAUAGCACGCAAGAGGCUCCAAGAUGCUUUUUAAGUAUCUCACGUGAAUAUGCUAGACAACAUCAGCCAGAAUUGAAUUCCAUUUGGAUGUUUUCCCACCGUGAACAAAACAGCAUGUCUACUGAAUGCUUUGUUGUUGUUAUGUGCCUCCAAGUUGACUACGACUUAUGGCAACCCUAUGAAUCAGUGACCUCCAACAGCAUCUGUUGUGAACCACCCUGUUCAGAUCUUGCUUGUGGCUAAUGUUGAGAUGAAGGUUACCAGUAAAGAUAUUUGAAGAAUCCUCAUGAACUAUGGCAGACCAAAUAAGCUCAAUCACCAACCAUUUCCUUAGAGCCUUCCUCUUUACAGUGAUCUUCUGGAAUAAUAUUCAGUGUUCUGUGGAACAUGGGUUGACUAUGGACUAUUCCAACAGAUCCCUAUCUACUGUUCCUAAGAACCUUCCAGCACAAAUAACAGAGUUGUAUUUGUCACAUAACAAUAUCUCUGAAAUACAGAUGUCUGAUUUUAGUUCUCUUUCCAAACUACAGGUACUAAUUAUUUCUCAUAACCUUAUUGGAGAGCUUGACUUCAGUGUUUUCCAAUACAAUGAAGACUUAAAACAUCUAGAUCUAUCCCACAACAACUUGCAGACUCUUUCUUGUUAUCCUACUACAAGUCUCAGGCAUCUAGAUCUCUCUUACAAUAACUUUAUAGACAUGCCAAUAUGCCCAGAGUUUGGCAAAAUGUUGAAGCUGGAAUAUCUUGGCCUCAGUCUUACAAGAAUUCAUAAAUCAGAUUUCAGUGUUCUUGCUCAUUUACAACUGGAUACUCUGUUCUUAGACUUAGAAGACCUCUCUGAAUAUAUCCCUGGAAAUCUUCCAGUGUUCAACACAAAGAACCUUCUGAUUGUAUUCCCCCCUAACGGUGAUUACCAUGUGCUUGCAGAUCUAGAAAUCAGUGUAACAGAAAGUUUAGAGUUGUCAAAUAUCCAAGACAAACAAGUCAAUGACUUGAAAACUUUCUUGUUGAAACUUAACAAAAAUGUGACGUUAGUAAACCUAACACUGAACAAUAUGCAGUGUGUCUGGAAAGACUUCAUUGACAUUCUUCAAACUGUGUGGGAAUCAACCACUGAAUAUUUGGUUAUCUUCAAUAUGACCCAGGUGGAAGCUCCUAGUACAGUAGAAUUUCAGCAUACAAAAACUGCACUCAAAGCUUUGACAAUUAAGCAGACUACAUUCACUACAUUUGGUUCUGACCCGCAAAAUAUGUAUCGACUAUUUUCAGAGAUGAACAUUAGAGCCUUAACCAUUUCUGAUGCAGGUUUGAUACAUAUGCUUUGCCCUUCAGAACCCAGUGAUUUUAUUUACUUAUGUUUUUCAAAUAAUACUUUAACAGACACAGUUUUCAAAAGCUGUGACAACUUAACCCUCCUUGAAAAGCUUAUUUUAAAAAGUAAUCACUUAAAAAAUCUUGGUGGUGUGAGUUUAAUGACCAGUCACAUGAAGUCUCUGAAAUAUUUGGACAUGAGCCUGAAUUUAUUGCAAUAUGAAGACUAUGAGAAUAAAUGCAAUUGGGGUGAAAAUUUGGUUACAUUAAAUUUGUCAUGUAACAUGUUGUCCGAGUCAGUCUUUAGAUGUCUGCCAGUCAAUAUUCAAAUGCUAGAUCUUCAAAACAACCAAAUUUCAAGCAUUCCCAAAGAAAUUAUUGAGCUGAAUGCUUUAGAAGAAAUAAAUUUGGCAUCCAAUAAACUAGCUGAUCUGCCUGGAUGUGGUCAGUUUAGAAGUCUGAGAUUAUUGAAUAUAGAAAUGAACUCAGUUGUCUCACCAUCUUCUGAAUUCUACCAGACUUGUCAAGGCAUCAAAGAGCUAAAAGCAGGACACAACCCAUUUGCAUGCACCUGUGAAUUAAGACAAUUCAUUAAUCUUGGAAAACAAGGACUUAUGGAGUUGGUUGAUUGGCCUGACUCUUACGUAUGUGAAUACCCAGAUUAUGUAAUGGGGAUCCUUUUAAAGGAUUUUUAUAUCUCUGAAGUUGUUUGCAAUGUGAGUCUUUUGGUUACUAUAGUUCUGAUUAGUACAGUAGUCCUAGUGGCCGCUGUUACCUUCCUUUGCAUCUAUUUUGACAUUCCGUGGUAUUUGAAGAUGCUGUGGCACUGGUCUAAAGUAAAACACCGUACUCAGAAGAAUAAACCUGAAGAAAUGCUCAGCAACAUACAAUUCCAUGCUUUUAUCUCCUAUAGUGAAUGUGAUUCCGACUGGGUGAAAAAUGUCCUGAUUCCAAACUUGGAGAAGGAUGGGUCCAUACGGAUCUGUCAACACUAGAGAAAUUUUGUUGCGGGCAAGAGCAUUGUUGAGAAUAUCAUAGACUGCAUUGAGAAGAGUUACAAGUCAAUCUUUGUGUUGUCUCCCAAUUUUGUGCAGAGCGAAUGGUGUCAUUAUGAGCUCUACUUUGCCCAUCACAAGUUAUUAAGUGAAAACAGCAACAGUUUGAUCCUCAUUUUGUUAGACCCAAUUCCUGAAUACAUCAUUCCUGCCAGGUAUCAUAAGCUAAAAGCUCUCAUGGCCAAGAGAACUUACUUGGAGUGGCCAAAGGAGAGAAGCAAGCAUGGACUUUUCUGGAUUAAUCUGAGGGCAGCCAUUCAGAUUAAACUUCCAAUCAGUGAAGAAAUGAUAUAGAUAAAAAGUCAGUUUUCAGUGAGCUCAAUUUAUAUUCAAAUAAAGGUGUUUGUCAGCAUCAGAGCAACUUUGGUGCAGGUAAAUGUAUUGUUGAGAAUAUCACCGAUUGCUUCGAGAAUAGUUACGUCAGUCUUUGUGUUGUCUCCUAGUUUUAUGCAGAACAAACUGCAUCAUGAGUUCUACUUUGCCAUUCACAAAUGAUUCCAUGAAAACACUGACAGAUUAAUCCUCAUUUUGUUAGAACUAGACCCUACAUAUACAAUUCUUGCCAGGUUCCACAAACUAAAAGGUGACAUGAUUCAUGGCCAAGAGAACCCACUUAGACUGGUCAAGGGAGAAGAGGAAGCAUGGAUUUUUCUGGGCAAGUACUUAGACAGGUAUUCAUAUUAAGGUUCCAGUGGUUAGAGAAAUUUGUUGUGGACUAUCAAUUUUUAUUAUCUGAUAACACAGUCUCACCAGCUAUUCAGUAAAGUAUGGGGGACCAACCUGGGAUAGGGAGUGAUUAGAAAUAGGCAGCAGAGCAAAGGAGUGGCAUCAGGGAUUGUCAUCAUUGGGCAUAUGCUGAGGCUCUUGCCCCAUUAUAGGACUCCCUGCCAAUCUUUCAAGCUUAUUUACCCUUCUGCCUGCCUUGCAUACUGUGGCUACCUGUUCACCUGCUGAGUCCCACUGAGUAAGGAUCAGAAGGAACCUUUGCAUGCCUUGUCCAUUUUCUUUGGAAACAUCAUCUACAGGAUUAACGCCGCCCUGGGCUCCUUUGGGAAGAAGGAAGGUGUAUAAAUUUUAAAAUAAACAUGAUUAAUUCCACAGCUGACUGGGGGGGGAGGGGGCUGAAUUAUUAUUCAGCCACUGAGCCACUACUGUUACUGUGUGUCCUUGGCUUCAUGUGCCCAUGGUUGACCAACUGGAGAUCAGGUGAAUACUGACUGCUGAGUGAUAGUGCUGGCAAUUAAAAACAUACCUCUUCACCAAAGCUUCUCCAGAUUCCUGAUAGUGGCUUCUGGUAUUUCUGGCUUCUGUAACGGAUUCUGAUGUUUUUCUGUUGUUUUAUUUAUAUAGGGUUUUUUGUUAUUUUUGUUGUAGUUUUAUUGUUCUGUAGACCACCUUGGUAUUGCCUUGAAAUGAAAGGCAGUACACAAAUAAUUUGUUGAAAUUAAUUAAAAACCAGUCUUUCACAGUCCAAUCCACUUCCUGUGUAGCUUGGAAGAAUUUGGUAACAUGUGCCUCUGAGCAUAUGGUGUGUGGUGGCAACACCUGCAAUCAGCCCAAACAAUUGUGGAAUAAUGGCACUGACUCUUCUGCAGAAUAGUUUCCAAUGGACAUGAGGAGUGUCUCAGCUUGCACAAGAUAAAACAGUGGGAGGUGAAAUAUAUUCUAGCAAAAUUCUAGGUGUCCAUGCCCACCUUUCUUUAAGUGGAAUAGUUUAAGCAUAGCAGGCUAAAAACGUGCAUCUUGGGCAGGCCAAGUUUGUUUUUUCCAACAGCUAGAGUCAUUCCUGAAGUAGCAACAUAUUGUAAUCAGUCUGAUUUUACAUCAACCUGUAGUUUCAGAUUCAAAUGUUAAUGCACCCAAAAUAGAAAUACAGCAUAACCUCCAGUUUGAAGACAAAAGGCUGUCUUCACCAUCAUAUGACAUUGAUCAACCAAAAGGCUUUGAAAUUAAUAAAAAUAAAUUUGACACAGAUUUAUAGGAUGAAUAAUAAGAGAAAUAUAAUUUUCUAGGUUAGAUUCUCUGUAGAAACAGUAGUAACAGGAAAGAAGCAAAGUAAGAAGAACACCAAGAAACAUACAAAAAUGUAAUUCUCCAUCUUUGGAGAUGGCAAGUGUUGCUACCACUCACCAUAUGCUCAGAGCCACAUGUUACUAAAUUCUUCCAAGCUACACAGCAGGUGGAUUGGCCUGUGAAAGACCAACCCAAAUUGUGUUUGCAGUUUAACAAAUUUGUAGGGCAGUCCAAUAUCUCAGAGAGGAGGUCAGGUCUCCUGCUCCUCUGGUGCAGUCACUAUAGCUGCCCAAUUUCCCUGCUUUUUAAAGUUUGAUAGAAAUAUCUGUGGGCUACAGGUACGUUCUCAAACCAUGAGGUUUUUUGCCCAUUAGUGAAUAUAUUUGUAAGUGGUAUAACAUUUUUUGAAGAAGGAACAAACUAAGACUCAGGAGGAAGUCUUGGAUACCUUCUUACAGCAAGAACCAAAAUUCCAGUGUCCUGGGCAAAUAUAUAAAGGUUUUAGGCUCCUCUUUCCAUGGCACUGAUGGCAUGUAGAAUUAUUUUGGUAUCUGCUUCUUCCUAGGUACUACUAAGAAAUUCAAAAUAACAGUAUGAGACAGCCAUGUCUGUACACCAUGCAGCUAUAAAGUCCUUCCUAGUUAUUUUUGCAUUCUGAGGCACCUUAUGAGCUAGGCAUGCAGUUAACUCAUCUUUGGUGCUAGUGUGUUUUUCAUAGUAUUUACUAUGUUCAUUUUGUCCAUGAGUUUGUACUGGGUGGGUGAUAUUUCCUGGAGUCUCUUUGGUUGUGUUAUACUCUUAACAAAAUUGUCUUUAUAUGUGUCAAACACCAGGUAUGUUUCAUCAUGCUCCCAGUACUUGCUCUGAAUUUUUUUAUGAAUACAUCAGCCAGAUCUUUACAAGUAUAUUUUGAUUUCUCUACAGCUUGUAGCUCUGCCAUAUCAUCGAUAAUU